GGGGCCCGGGCUGGGAACUGGGAGCGUCCGGGGUGGGAAGGAAUGCGUUAGCGCUAUCCCCAGAAGGCUUCCACGGUGCGCGGGGCUUCGGGGCCAAGCGUUUGGCGGUGGGGCAGUUCAGGACCGAAGGGGAGUGAACCGGGGAAGGGUUAAGGGCGUGGGCAUGGUUAAUGUGAAGAGAAAAGCUAGUUAUGCCUGGAAGGAAUUAGGCCAGUGAGAGGGGUCUUGGUGUGAAAAGAGAUCAGGAAAUGGAUAUCCCUAAAGAGAUUUAGAGCGGAUGGAGAGGUCCUUGUGAAGAAUGGGGUUACGUUAACGCGAAGAGGAGUUAAGCCAAAAUGGGGUACCCUUGCAACGAAUUGAGAAUAUGUUCAAAGAAGGGUUAUGUGACAAAGGUGCCUUCGUAUCCCUAAAGUAAACAGGGUGGAGGUAGUCUUUUGAAAAGUACAGAGAAUUAGGUCAAGGUGAAGAGUGAGAAGUGGGUAUCACUAGAGGGUGCUGGGGUGGUGGGGUGAGAGAGCUGUGUGCUCGUCUGGGGCGGGGAGGUUGGUAUCCCUCGAAUGAGAAUGAAAUGUAAACGUUGCUGAGAAGUUGGAGGUCAGGGUGUCCCCAGGGCUGUGAGAGGGGUCUAGGUGUGGGGAAGCCGGAUCUGUCUGUCCUCUGGCUGGGUUGGGUGGGGGAGGGGUUGGGUAUCCCUAAAUGGGUUUGAGGCAGAGGGAGAGUUGUGUGCGAAAGGGAGGAGUUGAAGUCAUUGUGAGGAGGAGCCUGGUAUCCCUGCAUUAUGUUGGAGUAUGUGCAGAUCUUCUUGCAAAGAAAAGGAAUUAAGUUGAUGUAGAGAGGGACUGAGCAUCUCUGGAAUGGGUAGGGUGGGGGUGGCCCUUUUGCACAGAGGAGGGGCUUGGGUUAGCAUAAAAAGAAGUGUUGGGCAUCCCUUAAAUGGAUUUGAGGGGAGAAGGGCUUUUUGCAAAGAAGAAAAUGUUUGGUUAAUAACGUGAAGGGAGGACCUGGGAGUGGAUCUUUUUCUGAAGGUGGGAGGCCUAGUUUUUGAUGUGAGGAGGGGUGUGGGCAUCUCUAGAAUGGGUUAGGGUGGUAGGGGUUUUGCAAAGAAAACAAACGUGAAGAGGGAGUCUGGGAAUACCUGAAUGGGUUCAGAUGGUGUUUGAAGAAAAGGGGUUUAAGUCAGUGUGAAGAGGGAUCUGGGUUGUAGAUGAGGUCUCAGUGCAAAGAAGAGGUGAUUAAGGGGAAGAGAGUUGUACCCAGGAGACAAACGACUAAUGAUGCCCAGGGCCUUGCUGCCACCAUGACUGAGGAAUCAGAGGAGACAGUUCUGUACAUUGAGCACCGCUAUGUCUGCUCAGAGUGCAACCAGCUCUAUGGAUCCCUGGAGGAGGUGCUCAUGCACCAGAACUCUCACGUGCCCCAGCAGCACUUUGAGCUGGUGGGUGUGGCCGACCCUGGAGUCACUGUGGCCACAGAGGCAGCAUCUGGCACAGGCCUCUAUCAGACCCUAGUACAGGAGAGCCAGUACCAGUGCUUGGAGUGUGGGCAGCUGCUGAUGUCCCCCAGCCAGCUCCUGGAACACCAGGAGCUGCAUUUGAAGAUGAUGGCGCCCCAGGAUGCAGUGCCAGCUGAGCCACCACCCAAGGUGCCCCCCUUGAGCUCCAGUACCAUCCACUAUGAGUGUGUGGAUUGCAAGGCUCUCUUCGCCAGCCAGGAGCUCUGGCUGAACCACCGGCAAACUCACCUCCGGGCCACUCCCACCAAGCCUCCAGCCCCAGUUGUCCUGGGUUCUCCAGUUGUUCUAGGGCCCCCCAUGGGCCAGGCCCGUGUAGCUGUGGAGCACUCGUACCGGAAGGCAGAAGAGGGUGGGGAAGGGGCGGCUGUCCCCUCUGCCGCUACCGCCACCACUGAGGUGGUGACUGAGGUGGAGCUGCUCCUUUACAAGUGCUCAGAGUGCUCCCAACUCUUCCAGCUGCCAGCUGACUUCCUGGAGCACCAGGCCACCCACUUCCCUGCUCCUACCCCUGAGUCUCAGGAACCUGCCUUGCAACAAGAGACUCUGACCCCAUCACCUGCAGAGGUGCCUGUGUCUCAGCCUGACCCCCUGCCAUCCUCUGACCACAGUUACGAGCUGCGCAAUGGUGAAGCUAUUGGACGUGAUCGCCGGGGGCGCAAGGCCCGGAGGAACAACAGUGGAGAGCCAUGUGGGGCAGCCACCCAGGAGCUGUUUUGUUCAGCCUGUGACCAGCUAUUUCUCUCGCCUCACCAGCUGCAGCAGCACCUGCGGAGUCACCGAGAGGGCGUCUUUAAGUGUCCUCUGUGCAGUCGCGUCUUCCCCAGCCCUUCCAGUCUGGACCAGCACCUUGGAGACCACAGCAGCGAGUCUCACUUCCUGUGUGUGGACUGUGGCCUUGCCUUCGGCACAGAGGCCCUCCUCCUGGCCCACCGGCGAGCCCACACCCCAAAUCCUUUGCAUUCAUGUCCAUGUGGAAAGACCUUUGUCAACCUCACCAAGUUCCUGUAUCAUCGGCGUACCCAUGGGGUUGGGGGUGUCCCUUUGCCCACAACACCAGUCCCACCAGAGGAGCCUGUCAUUGGUCUCCCUGAGCCUGCUUCAGCAGAGACUGGAGAGCCAGAGGCUCCAGAGCCCCCUGUGUCCGAGGAGAGCUCAGCAGGGACUGCGGCUCCAGGCACCUACCGCUGCCUCCUCUGCAGCCGGGAAUUUGGCAAGGCAUUGCAGCUGACCCGGCACCAGCGUUUUGUGCACCGGCUGGAACGGCGCCACAAGUGUGGCAUUUGUGGCAAGAUGUUCAAGAAGAAGUCUCAUGUGCGUAACCACCUGCGUACCCACACAGGGGAACGGCCCUUCCCCUGCCCAGACUGCUCCAAACCCUUCAACUCACCUGCCAACCUGGCUCGCCACAGGCUCACGCACACAGGGGAGCGGCCCUACCGGUGUGGGGACUGUGGCAAGGCUUUCACGCAAAGCUCCACGCUGAGGCAGCACCGCCUGGUUCAUGCCCAGCACUUCCCCUACCGCUGCCAGGAGUGUGGGGUGCGUUUUCACCGCCCCUACCGCCUGCUCAUGCACCGCUACCACCACACAGGCGAGUACCCCUACAAGUGCCGUGAGUGCCCCCGCUCCUUCUUGCUUCGCCGGCUGCUGGAGGUGCACCAGCUUGUGGCCCAUGCUGGGCGCCAGCCCCACCGCUGCCCAUCCUGUGGGGCUGCCUUUCCCUCUUCACUGCGGCUCCGUGAGCACCGCUGUGCAGCUGCUGCCGCACAGGCCCCACGGCGCUUUGAGUGUGGCACCUGUGGCAAGAAAGUGGGCUCAGCUGCCCGGCUGCAGGCACAUGAGGCUGCCCAUGCAGCUGCUGGGCCCGGAGAGGUCCUGGCGAAGGAGCCCCCGGCCCCGCGGGCGCCGCGGGCCACUCGCACCCCAGUUGCCUCCCCGACAACCCUUGGAAGUGCAGCCCCUGCCGCCCCUGCAGCCCCAGCCCGUCGCCGGGGCCUGGAGUGCAGUGAGUGCAAGAAGCUGUUCAGCACAGAGACCUCGCUGCAGGUACAUCGGCGCAUCCACACAGGUGAGCGACCAUACCCAUGUCCAGACUGUGGCAAGGCCUUUCGUCAGAGUACGCACCUGAAGGACCACCGGCGCCUGCACACAGGCGAGCGGCCCUUUGCCUGCGAAGUGUGCGGCAAGGCCUUUGCCAUCUCUAUGCGCCUGGCAGAGCACCGCCGCAUUCACACUGGGGAACGGCCCUACUCCUGCCCCGACUGCGGCAAGAGCUACCGCUCCUUCUCCAACCUGUGGAAGCACCGCAAGACCCACCAGCAGCAGCAUCAGGCAGCUGUGCGGCAGCAGCUGGCAGAGGCCGAGGCUGCCGUUGGCCUGGCUGUGAUGGAGACUGCAGUGGAGGCGCUGCCCUUGGUGGAGGCCAUUGAAAUCUACCCUCUGGCUGAGGCUGAGGGAGUUCAGAUUAGUGGCUGACCCUGCCCCGCUUCCCUCUUAAGCGCCACCGUGCCCUGUUGCUAAAAGAGCCUCCUCCACCAGCCCCUUAGGUCUCUGUACCUGCUGUGCCCCUUUUUCCACCCCUCCCAACAGUCAUGUAAGUUCUCUAACUGGAUUGAUUCUCUCUUCUGAAGGGGUGCUCUGGGGUCCCUGAAAAGUAAGCAUAAAACCCACCUUCCACCUGUUAGCAUUGGUGGCCCCAAGGUGAGGCAGUCAAUAAAGACUGAGUUGGACAUUUA